AUGUUCCGAGGACUUGUUCGAGCUACUCUUCGGAGACCAGCCCUUGAAAGCGUCAACAAAGGCUGCACAGCGCAUCGAAAUCUCGCAGUAUCCUCCGCAAAAUGUGGAAAGAAGAUGCCGGAUAGGCCCAAACCCCCGCCCGAGGAAGAAUUUACAGAGGUCUUCCUAAAAGGCAGUGGGCCUGGCGGACAGAAGAUUAACAAAACGUCGUCCGCGGUGCAAUUGAAACACAUUCCUACGGGCCUCGUCCUGAAGGUCCAAUCCACACGCUCACGCACCCAGAACCGCAAGCUCGCCCGGCAGAUGUUGGCAGAUAGAUUGGAGCAGCAGACUAAAGGGGCAGAGAGUAGAACUGCUGUUGUGGGGGAGGUGAAGAGGAAGAAGAAGAGUAGUGCCACGAAGAAGAGUAAGAGGAAAUAUCGCCUGUUGGAGGAGGCGAAGGAGGCAGCGGAAGCGGAAGCGGAAGGAGAUGGAGAUAGAGGCGCGCCUAGCAGUGAGCCUGCUUCCUGA